AUGGCGCAGACAACGAAAACCUUCACCGCAAAGUUUCAAAAUGUUCUUGGCGGCUCGCAUGUGUUGAAUAAUGGAAACGAUAUCCCGUGGAUAGGAUUGGGAACCGCUCAAAACAAGGACCAGGCCGCGAUGGAUGCGACGAUUCAUGCAGCUUUGGAGGCUGGCUAUCGUCUAAUCGACACGGCCCAUAUCUAUGAAAAUGAGCAUCAGAUUGGGGAGGCUUUGGAGAAAAGCUUGGGACCACUGGACCUUACCCGUGAAGACCUGUUCAUUACUUCAAAAGUCCCGGUCAUUAACGCUGACCCGACUGGGACUGUUGAAAGUUGCAUCAAGCAGUCGCUCAAGGAUUUGAAGACCGACUAUCUCGACCUCGUGCUCGUCCAUUUCCCGAAAGAUCGCGAUCACGGAAAACAUGAAGACUAUGAGGGAAAUAUGGAGGCGCGGAAGAAGACUUGGGAAAAGCUGGAGGAGUUGCAUGAAAAAGGCACCAUUCGUUCGAUCGGCGUGUCAAACUACGAGGUCUACCACCUUGUCGAGCUUUUUGAGUAUGCAAAGAUCCUCCCCACCGUCAACCAAUUUGAAUACCAUCCAUAUUACCUCCGCCCUACCCUCAAACAUUUCUGCGAGUUGAAGGGAAUUUUCGUCCAGGCCUUCUCCUCCCUCCUCUGGGAGAACAAGGAUAUUUGGGAAGAGAUCGUGCUCAAGCAAAUCGCCGAGAAGCACAAAGUCUCGCCACAGACGAUUCUUUACGCUUUCCCGCUCUACAACAAGGUCGGUGUUAUCCCAAAGUCGGCGACACCUAGUCGUAUUCGUGAUAACUUGAAGCUGACGCUACAGGUUAAACUCUCCCCAGAAGACGUGUCCACGCUCGAAAAGCUGGACAAAAAUCUCUGCUGCUUAGCCUCGUUGACUCCCUCUUUCGUCGCUAUCCACUCGAUCAGCAACUGUUGCCUGGCAAUAUUUUUAUUCAAGACUUUCCGGAACGCGGUCAAUUGUGGGAUCAAACAUGUUCACGUUCAUGUGCGGGAAAAGUAUGGCGUUUGGGGCCCACCAGGCUGGCCCGUUAUUGGCAAUGGAUUGGAACUUGGAUUGCUGCCAACGUGGAAACUACCCUACUGGCUUCAAGAGCAGGCUUCAAAGGCCCAGGAGGCUGGCCAUUGCAUGAUGAAGCUGCAGUUGUUUGCAAAGUAUUUCGUCUUGCCGCUCAAUGCUGAGGGGGUCAAGCCGAUCCUCGAUUCGAAUAGUGAGAUUACGAAGGGAGUGGAUUACCGUUUUAUUGAACCUUGGAUCGGUACUGGACUUUUGACGAGUACUGGCGCAAAAUGGAAAAGUCGCAGAAGGAUGCUUACGCCGACUUUUCACUUCAAAAUGCUCGACGGAUAUGCAACUGUUUUUGAUCGGGAAAGCCGAAAGCUCUGCACAUACCUCGAAAAAUACAACGGAAAAGAGGUCGACCUGUUUCCGAUCGUAAAGCAUUGCGCUCUGGAUAUUAUCUGCGAAAGUGCUAUGGGAGUCUCGGUAAACGCGCUCGAAAAUGAGAACUGUUCCUACGUGAAAGCCUUAAUGGAUAUGGGAUGGUUGACGCUGGAAUGGGCUUUGAAUCCGAUCAACUGGUUCCCGCCGUUCUGGUACCUAUCCGGACGAAAAUUUAUGUUUGAUCGUGUCGUAAAGGAACUGACAGAUUUUACGAAGGAGGUCAUCAAGCAGCGAAAAGCCGAAUUCGCGAAAGGGGACCGGAAGAAGUUGGGCACCAAACAGACAUUCCUGGAUUUGCUGUUGGAGGCCAACCAGGAAAAUAAUAUGAACGACGAAGACAUACGAGAGGAAGUGGACACUUUUAUGUUUGAAGGGCACGACACUACGUCUUCCGGUAUUGCCUGGAUUCUAUGGUCUCUCGCCUGCCACCCGGAAAUUCAGGAAAAAGUCUAUGACGAGAUCAGGCAUUUGAUAAGCGAUGAUACCGACACCGAGAUUACGAUGGACACCUACAAAAACACGCCCUACUUUGAAACCGUGAUGAAAGAGUCAAAUCGGAUUUUUGCACCGGUACCACUGAUACAACGUGACCUGCAAAAUGAUUUUACUUCAGGAAGGUAUGUUCUGCCUGCCGGCUGCACCAUUUUAAUAGCCCCUGUCGUUAUUCAAAGGAAUCCGAAGGUCUGGGGCCCAGAUGUGUUGGAAUUGAAGCCAGAGCGGUUUGAUUUGAAUGCAGAAAAGGACCAUAAUCCCUAUGAUUAUAUCCCAUUCUCGGCAGGACCAAGGAAUUGUAUAGGUCAACGCUUCGCCCUCCUCGAAGAGAAAGUGAUGGUGAUGCACAUCAUCAAGAACUACAAAAUCCGGGCGACAAUCGGAUUCCACGAAAAUGAGUUGGAGACCGAGAUCGUCACGAAACCACAUCGAGGAAUUCGGGUGGUGCUGGAGAGACGAGAGGAAAAUGCA